AGGAAGCAGCUGAAGCUUAUGAAUGAAAGCGCCGAAAUCCUCUCUGACGGACUUAUUGAGCUUUCUGGUGAUGAGAACUAUUCCAGCUAAACCCAGCCCCAACAAAACCAAUAGGUUGGCAUACCCAUUACGGCUUUUCCCCCAACCCAUUCUCAGACAUCUCAUCUCCAACUCACCAUAACACUAUUUCCCUUCAACUCAUUCAUUCUCUUCAGAUUAUACAAGCGAUAGUUCUUCUCCAUUAUCACUUUCAUGUCAGUUAGACGUGCUUGAGGUGGCAAGUCCUUUUUAGCAGGCUCCUCCUCACCUAUAUCUUUCUUCGGUGUGGACUUUGGACCCAACUGUCAAAGCUAGCAUAUACUUUAUUAGAGGUUAGAGACCAAAAAUGGUCAAAUCAACAUAUGAAAGAUUUUCAAAGGAUUUUGUAAUGGGAGGAGUAGCAGCAAUCAUAUCAAGGAGUGCAGCGGCACCAAUUGAGAGAGUGAAGCUUUUAUUGCAAAACCAAGGUGAAAUGAUUAAAAGAGGACAACUCAAAAAACCAUACUUGGGUGUGUCUGAUGGCUUUAAGAGGGUCUUCAUGGAAGAGGGUUUGAUUGCCUUUUGGAGAGGUCACCAGGCCAAUCUUAUUCGAUAUUUCCCCACACAGGCUUUCAAUUUUGCAUUCAAAGGUUACUUCAAAAGCAUUUUUGGGUAUUCCAAAGAGAGAGACGGGUACAUUAAGUGGUUUGCUGGGAAUGUGGCUUCAGGCAGUGCUGCAGGAGCGACUACUUCACUACUUCUGUAUCAUUUAGAUUAUGCACGUACUAGAUUGGGCACCGAUGCAAUAGAGUGCCGUGUUACCGGUCAACGCCAGUUUAAAGGACUAAUUGAUGUAUACCGGAAGACCUUAUCAAGUGAUGGAAUUGCUGGCUUGUACAGGGGAUUUGGGAUUUCAAUAUGGGGAAUCACCUUGUAUCGAGGGAUGUACUUUGGGAUCUAUGACACCAUGAAGCCUAUUGUUUUGGUUGGGCCUUUUGAGGGGAAGUUUCUCGCUAGUUUCUUCUUAGGUUGGAGCAUCACAACUUUUUCAGCGGUUUGUGCAUACCCUUUUGACACAUUGCGCCGGCGAAUGAUGCUUACCUCUGGACAUCCAAACAAGUACUGUACUGCAAUACAUGCAUUUCAAGAGAUUGUUCGACAGGAGGGUUUCCGAGCUCUAUUUCGAGGAUUUACCGCAAAUAUGCUUCUAGGCAUGGCAGGAGCUGGAGUGCUUGCUGGAUACGAUCAGCUGAACCGUAUCUCAUCUAGACACAGUCACUAUAAUGAGACUAACCAAAGAGUUCUGAAAUGAAUGCCCGAGUAGGAAAGAAAUGCCUAACCUAAAAAAGGCAUAUUCAUCAUUUAGAAUGAAUAUUAUUAUGCCUGUUCAUUUCAAAAGUCUGGUCUGAAGGACCAUAACACAAUAAACGAACUUUUGGACAUGAUAGCGGAAGCUAUUUGUUCUGGUUCAAUAAAUAAUCACAUUUAACGUGUCCAAAAGAAUGGUGUUUCUUUUAAAGAGAGUUUUGCAUUUUCGGACUUUAAAAGUCAUAUUUAUCAUUUGGAAUGAAUACUACGGCUGUUCUUUUAAAAUUUUUUGUCUCAAGGACUAUAACACAAUAAACAAACUUUUGGACAUGAUGGCCAAAGGCAUUUGUUCGAUAAACCAAACUAUAGUUCUAUCUUUGAACAUGGUAAACCUAAUUUUUAGGUCCUUAAAUUAAAUUCUCCCCUUUUUUAGUGGUGAUUUUUAGAAUUGGAAUACUCUACUGCAUUAUUGUAAAUUUAACUCCCCAUCUUUUUAAAAAAAUUCUUUGCAUGGGGCGAGGGCUAUUGGAAACGUUUCAAGACUGCAAAGCACUGCCGUUUCUAUGAUUGCUGUAUAUAUGAAGUUUACGAUGUAUAGUUUACAUCCCCGGCUUCAAUUAUAUUAACAUGAUUGCACAGAUAUUAUCUAUGGAAUUUGCCUAGAAGAUGCAUAACUUAUUAGAA